UCAGGAGGGGAGUGGUGGGGUGGAUCACUUGCAAUAAUAAGAGAACAAUGCCUCGUCAUACGGUUACCGCACAGUCAUUAUUUUAGUCAUUUAGAAUUAAGAUCAUUUUUAAAUCCUAAUUCUGGUCGUCCUUAAGUCUGCAUUAUGGGCUCUGUAUCCAGCCUCAAUCCAUUUGAGUCACUGUUACUGUAAUCUGAGGUGGCAGCAGUACAUAUCAGAGUUCACUAUUACUGUAUUCUGAGGUGGCAGCAGUACAUAUCAGAGUUCACUGUUACUGUAAUCUGAGGUGGCAGCAGUACAUAUCAGAGUUCACUGUUACUGUAAUCUGAGGUGGCAGCAGUACAUAUCAGAGUUCACUGUUACUGUAAUCUGAGGUGGCAGCAGUACAUAUCAGAGUUCACUGUUACUGUAAUCUGAGGUGGCAGCAGUACAUAUCAGAGUUCACUGUUACUGUAUUCUGAGGUGGCAGCAGUACAUAUCAGAGUUCACUGUUACUGUAAUCUGAGGUGGCAGCAGUACAUAUCAGAGUUCACUGUUACUGUAAUCUGAGGUGGCAGCAGUACAUAUCAGAGUUCACUGUUACUGUAAUCUGAGGUGGCAGCAGUACAUAUCAGAGUUCACUGUUACUGUAAUCUGAGGUGGCAGCAGUACAUAUCAGAGUUCACUGUUACUGUAAUCUGAGGUGGCAGCAGUACAUAUCAGAGUUCACUGUUACUGUAAUCUGAGGUGGCAGCAGUACAUAUCAGAGUUCACUGUUACUGUAAUCUGAGGUGGCAGCAGUACAUAUCAGAGUUAUUGUAAUAAUCUCACAAGGAAGCGUUGCACAAUAAAUAACCAGACGACAAUAAUUUCUACUAGGUACCAGGUAGCUAGACCUCAUAGUGAAACAGAGAGAGGCAGUUUAAACUGACAUUUAAGAAAAACGAAACAAUAGAUAUUACGAGUUCAGUAAGGUGUCCUUAGUCCUGAUAAUGUUUCUUACUAGUUAGUAUAAUUCUCAACAAAAGAAAAUGGCUUAUUGUUGUUCAUGAGCAUUUAUUUAAUCAACCACUAUUUCAGUGUUGUUUCACAUUGAGGUUAAGAAAAAAAUAUGGCGUGUUUUUCCUUCCGUGGUCUUUUGAGCGUGGGGAUGGUUCAUUUUCAGGUGUAGUGUAGCAUGGAGCGUCAUGCACCACAAUGCAGUUUAUUUAUACACUGAGAGGUUGUGUGUUACUGCAAAGCAUGCUGGAAUCAAUAUGAAGAAAUACACUACCUUUUAGAAUCUAAGAAAUCAGACAUUACCCUCUCUCUCACGCUGUCCCUCUCUCUCUCUCCCUCUCUCACGCUGUCCCUCUCUCACGCUGUCCCUUUCUCACGCUGUCCCUCUCUCACGCUGUCCCUCUCUCACGCUGUCCCUCUCUCUCACGCUGUCCCUCUCUCACGCUGUCCCUCUCUCUCACGCUGUCCCUCUCUCACGCUGUCCCUCUCUCACGCUGUCCCUUUCUCACGCUGUCCCUCUCUCUCACGCUGUCCCUCUCUCUCACGCUGUCCCUCUCUCUCACGCUGUCCCUUUCUCUCCCUCCCUUUCUCUCACGCUGUCCCUCUCUCCCUCCCUUUCUCUCCCUCUCUCACGCUGUCCCUCUCUCACGCUGUCCCUUUCUCACGCUGUCUCUCUCUCCCUUUCCCACGCUGUCCCUUUCUCACGCUGUCUCUCUCUCCCUUUCUCACGCUGUCCCUCUCUCUCACGCUGUCUCCCUUUCUCACGCUGUCUCUCUCUCCCUUUCUCACGCUGUCCCUCUCUCUCACGCUGUCUCCCUUUCUCACGCGGUCUCUCUCUCCCUCUCUCACGCGGUCUCUCUCUCCUUCUCUCUCAUGCUGUCUCUCCCUCCUUCUCUCUCCCUCUCUCUCACGCGGUCUCUCUCUCCCUCUCUCACGUGGUCUCUCUCUCUCCCUCUCUCUCAUGCUGUCUCUCCCUCCCUCCCUCUCUCUCCCUUUCUCACGCUAUCCCUCUCUCUCUCCCUCUCUCUCAUGCGGUCUCUCUCUCUCACGCGGUCUCUCUCUCCCUCUCUCACGCGGUCUCUCCCUCUCUCUCAUGCGGUCUCUCUCUCCCUCUCUCUCAUGCGGUCUCUCUCUCCCUCUCUCUCAUGCUGUCUCUCUCUCCCUCUCAUGCUGUAUCUCUCUCCCUCUCACGCGGUCUCUCUCUCCCUAUCUCUCACGCGGUCUCUCUCUCCCUCUCUCUCACGCGGUCUCUCUCUCCCUCUCUCUCAUGCUGUCUCUCUCUCCCUCUCUCUCAUGCUGUCUCUCUCUCCCUCUCUCACGUGGUCUCUCUCUCCCUUUCUCACGCUAUCCCUCUCUCUCCCUCUCUCUCAUGCGGUCUCUCUCUCCCUCUCUCUCACGUGGUCUCUCCCUCCCUCUCUCUCAUGCUGUCUCUCUCUCCCUCUCUCUCACGCGGUCUCUCUCUCCCUCUCUCUCACGCGGUCUCUCUCUCCUCCCUUUCUCACGCUAUCCCUCUCUCUCCCUCUCUCUCAUGCGGUCUCUCUCCCUCUCUCUCACGCGGUCUCUCUCUCUCACGCUGUCUCUCUCUCACGCGGUCUCUCCCUCCCUCCCUCUGUCUCUCUCUCACGCGGUCUCUCCCUCCCUCCCUCUCUCCCUUUCUCACUCUGUCCCUCCGUCCUUCACACUCUCUGGUUUGUCUCCUCUGUGGUGAAUUUUAGUAAAUGUUAUUUAAUAAGUUACUUGUCAAUCCAGUUGUUGGUCUUUGUCGAAUCCAAACAUAAUCUGUCUGAAAAUCUGUUCAAGUCAGUUCUAAUGUAAUAAUUGGUUAUUAAUGACCUCCAUAUCCGGGCAUAGCCUAGUGGUUAGAGCUUUGGACUAGUAACCGAAAGGUCUGUCGUUCUGCCCCUGAACAAGGCAGUUAUCCCACUGUUCCUAGGCAGUCAUUGAAAAUUAGUUUUUUUCUUAACUGACUUGCCUAGUUAAAUAAAGGUAAAUAAAAUAAAUUAAAAUAUCCUGCCAUUGGGGUUGGAACUGGUCUGCGUUUCUCUCUUCCUGAAUUUUACUUCCCCCUCUCUGUCUGUGGCUCUGUCCUCCAGCUCUCUAUCUCUCUGUCUCUAUCUCUCUCUCUGUCUCUAUCUCUCUCUCUGUCUCUCCCCCCCUUUAAGUGUUGGUAAAGAGCAGCCCUCUGCAUCUCUUCAUAACAGAAUGAUGAAUGAGAAGUGAGGUGUAAUGGCAGACUGGAACCAUGUAGAUAACCGAGACUGUAGAUGUCUCAUGUAAUCCAAUCUGUUAAAGCUAUGGAUGUUGUGUCACUAAACCACCACAGUCUGGUGCCCAGUCUAACAUCUCUACCUCAUGUAGAUCUGAGAGGAUUGGAUGGUUGUUCAACUCUACUGAAUCAUCCAGAAGGCGACUGUAGGUGGCGCUAGUACCAUGUUUCUUAAACCCAUCAUGUCCUUUAACAGCAACACAAAAAGGGGGGUGAUUUUGGAACGGCCAACAUUCUACACCUCGGCCUAAAACAGGAAACAGACUGUUGGAUUUCCGUAGCCGUGUAAAAUUGAGCACUUGUUUCCAUGAGUGUUAUUUAAGGUUUCAACUGCGAUUUGGUAUUUUAUUAUUCUAUGGUACAAGUUUCAGCGGUUCUGAUAAGACACUCGCCCCGAGGGGACUCGUUUCAGACUUUCACACACACACACACACACACACACACACACACACACACACACACACACACACACACACACACACACACACACACACACACACAAAUGUCACUUGUUCGCAUGACUGUGAUUUCAGGAGGUUUGGGGUCAAUUCCACUUCUACUCCGUCAUUUCAGGAAGGUAACUGAAUUUCAACUUGUUCUCUGAAUUGAAAUGGACUUGACCCCAACCCUGAUUAACUCUUACCUGCAGAGCUCAAAGGGGGAUGUAUUUUAAGGUAUUUUUAUUCGUUCACUAUCAACUUAUGAUUCCUUCACCUUUUUGUAUCAUUCCAUCUCUAAAUACGUGUAAAAGAAGUUCAAGAUCCUUUUAAAGAUGUAUUGUUGAUUUAUUGAUUUAAUGAUUUAUUUGUUGUUGAUGUUUGUGUACUAUUCAUUUCUUCACAACUAUGGGAAGUCAAAAUGGUGUUUAUGUUGAAAUAUAUCCUCAAACACCGACCGCCACUUCUCUUUUUCUGACUCUUCUCUGCAUCAGUGGUCUUAGCAGUUUCCUCAAAUUAAAACCCAACUGUUGGAGGUAUCGUGGACUUAUUACAUUUUUUUUUUUUUUGGGGGUCUCCUCAAUGUUCUGCAGCUUAUUAUUUCUAAAAUAAUAAUUUGAAAAUUAAAAUGAUGCAAAAAAGUGGAAAUUCCUCGUCUUCCAAAAUACUUUUAACCCUGGAGCGAGUUUAGGAACAACCCCCUGGAGCGAGUUUAGGAACAACCCCCUGGAGCGAGUUUAGGAACAACCCCCUGGAGCGAGUUUAGGAACAACCCCCUGGAGCGAGUUUAGGAACAACCCCCUGGAGCGAGUUUAGGAACAACCCCCUGGAGCGAGUUUAGGAACAACCCCCUGGAGCGAGUUUAGGAACAACCCCCUGGAGCGAGUUUAGGAACAACCCCCUGGAGCGAGUUUAGGAACAACCCCCUGGAGCGAGUUUAGGAACAACCCCCUUGAAGUUUGGGACCCAGUUUGCACAACAGUUGUGGCAAACCAUGGCACAACGUUUUCUCAACGUUGCGUGAACUGAAUGGUUUGUUAACUAUUGGUCCAGCGUUGCAGACCCAUGUCAGGCUUGUGAUAUGAAGUGUAAAUCUGUUUUUAAUUGGAAUUAUUUUUUACAAUUUUUUUUGAAGAUCAGAUAGUGAUCUUUGUACCAUAACUAAGCCACGUUUGUAAUUGUAUAAUAUUUACUGUAAGAUGUAGGCCAUUGAAUAACUAUUAAACAUUUCCUAUAAAAGGAA